AUGUCUCUCGACCACCAAGAGCGUACCAAAAGCGAAGCGGUUUUGGCUCAUCCCCUACUCUACGAGGCAACAACCUCUGAUGUUCUGGUCGACUUCAAUGGCCAAGAUGAUCCCUACCGUUCCAUUAAUUGGCCUUUUCGGAAGAAGGCCAUCACGACCAUUCUAUAUGGAUUGACUACAUGCUGGAUCACCUUUGCGUCGGCGAUCUAUUCGGCGGGGAUGCUGCCGAUCGCGCACGAGUUUGGCGUUUCGAAAGAAGUAUCCACAUUGGGAAUCAGCUUGCUGGUCUUUGGUCUCGGGCUAGGACCGUUACUGUGGGCGCCUUUGAGCGAGAUUUAUGGUCGUAAAACGGUCACCAUCUUGCCUUAUUUCAUAGCCGGGAUAUUCUCUUUUGGGACGGCAACGGCAAAGGAUAUCCAGACAUUGAUGAUCACCCGAUUCUUCUCUGGAUUCUUCGGCAGCUCUAGCGUGGCGAUAACUGGCGGUGCAAUGGCGGAUAUCUGGAGGCCAGAACAUCGCGGUGUGGCCAUCGUCGUUUAUUCGGUCACUCUCGUUGGCGGACCUUGUCUUGGUCCCAUCAUUGGCGGGGCCUUUGUGUCUAAUAGUAGCCUAGGUUGGCGCUGGACGGAAUACCUGACGGGGAUUUUGAUGGUAGUGCAAUCGGUGCUGGAUUUCUUGAUUCUUGAUGAGAGCUAUGCACCGGCAUUGUUGGUCCGAAAAGCACGCCGGCUGCGGCUGGAAGGCAAGAACUGGGCUCUGCACGCGAAGCACGAAGAAUGGGACGUAUCGAUAUCCGAAAUGUCGCAGAAAUAUUUGAUCCGUCCUUUCCAGAUACUGAACACCCCAAUUGGACUGUUCAUGUCGAUCUAUGGGUCUUUCGUUUACGCGAUUUUAUAUGUAAACCUUGAAAGCUUCCCCAUUGAAUUCCAGGAGAAGCGCGGCUGGGGCCAUGUUACCGGAGGCCUUCCCUUCGUCGCCCUCCUCGUCGGGAUCUUCGCCGCGGCUCUAGCCAACGUUUAUAACAACCGAUAUUACUUUAGAAAGCUUCGCGAGAAUGACGGCAAACCCGUGCCCGAAGCACGAUUGCCUCCGAUGAUGGUUGGAGGGGUUGCCUUCACCGGAGACUUAUUUAUUUUUGCCUGGACCUCAUCGCCUCAUAUCAACUAUUGGCCAUCACUCGUUGGCAUCGCAUUAACGGGCUUCGGCUUUACCACCAUCUUUCAGAGUUCAAUCAAUUAUUUGGUUGACACAUUCUUGCGCGUCAGCGCGAGCGCAGUUGCGGCCACCACUCUUCUUCGAUCCAUCCUAGCAGGUGUAUUCCCUCUAUUUGUGCAGCCGAUGUUCCAGGGCAUCGGAGUGAGUUGGGGCAUCACGGUAUUUGGAUGCGUUGCGGCGGUCUUGAUCCCCGUUCCAUUUCUCUUCUUUGCAUUUGGCAAAAGAAUUCGUGCAAAGAGUCGAUGGAGCAAUCAUGGUGCAUGA